AUGAAUGUGAAUGAGUCUCUCGGACUCGCAGACUCCUACGAUAGGCAAAUCGACGCACAUCAUGAUCCAGGCGAGAUACGCACCCUACGCGAGCGGCGCAACGCAGAUUGCAGCCAGACCAGAAGGUUGCCCCCCGAGAUAUUGACCAAGAUAUUUAGUAUUCUGGGCACUUUCAACUACGAAGGUCGAUAUACCCACCUACGGUGGAUGGCGGUUACGCACGUCUGCCGCACCUGGCGCAAUACUGCAUUGAACGAGCCUACGUUGUGGACUGAUUUCACCGACAUCCAUCCCAAAUGGAUCCAGGAGAUCUUUACAAGGUCCAAAGCAGCACCAUUGCGCCUGCGGUAUGGGUACGAUGAAUGUUCAUCCGAUGCUCUCGACCUCGUUGCCGACGCUUUGGUCAAAUCACCCGAGCGAAUCAGGGAAUUACGGGUCGUUGAUUACGACGGAUCCUUCAUUGGCCAGUUGACCCAACCAACUCCAUUCUUGGAAUCCCUCGCUGUUGAACUCCACGCCCCCGUAAAUUUCCCACUAAAUUUCCUUGGUGGAGUGGCGCCUCGACUGCGCUCUGUUCAAUGCACUGGGACUCUGCCGUUGAAGGCUGGAUGGCUUGUAAACCUGCGCAGUCUGGAGUACAAUGGGUCGUUGGAUUCCCAAGCGCACUGGUUAUCAAAGUUAACAACUCUAAAACUUGAACGGGGUGCAACCCACGGUAUGAGCAUUGACACCCUGCUUUCAGCUAUGGAGAGCGCACCCUCGUUGGAAUGUCUGUUAGUCGUUGCUGCUUAUGAUAUGGACACCGCUCGCUCCCGUCGUCCGGCGCCCCUCCACCACCACCGCCUGCGCGACAUUGCCUUUGACUUCGGCAGCAAAUCGAGGAUGGCCAAAAUAUUCAGGCAUCUCCGAGUGGACAACAUCGAGAAGCUAUGCACAUCGUGGUCAUACAACUUUCAAAAUAUAGGAAUGCUCGAGCAUGUGUGCCACUUCUUCAACGCCUGCUACCACGGCGAUGAACUACAAUAUGCUGUUUACGACUUGUCGCGCGGCCUGGAAAUGCAUAGGGCUCUUGACCCGGCCGGGGAGCACUCACCUAGCCUACUCUUUCGACUCUACGCAUGGAACGAUCCAUCAAAGAUCUUGCAGUUGCUUCCGCGAUGCGUGCCUCGCAUACUUUCAACGCGCCUACACCCGGAUAUGGAGUCCUUCGCGCUUACGGGAUGCGACACUAUUGAGGAGCUCCGCAUUUCCUCUGGGCAGCUGCGCCGUCAUUUUUGUAUAAAUGGCACUUCUCCUCUUCCUUACCCAUCACUUCGGCGGCUGCACUUUGGAGAAGGAGUUGUUGGUCUGGAUUCAGAGCAGGUGCACCAGCUCGUAACCUGGCUCACCCCACGGCAGUCAAAAGUCGAAGUCGUCAUCAGAGAGGGUGGCAUUCCGGCAAGCGCUGUUGAGGCUUUGAAUGAUGCAUCACUCCUCCGUUUCAUAUGA